GCGCACUGCGGGCAGCAGGCGGCAUGUCGGCGCUCCGGUGGACCCGAGGCGCAGCCGGGCUUGGCCGGGUUCUGCGCUCCCCUGGGCCCCACCGCCCGGCUUCGGAGGAAGGGACUCUUGGUGGCUUCUGCAGCUCAAGAAAGAGCUCCGCUGCCAGUCCCCGUGAGCAACAUGUCCUGAGGGAGUGGGGCCAUGCUGAACUGCUGGAAGUGCUGGAGGCUCGGGUGCGGCAGCUCCGGGCAGAGGGCACACCUGAGAUGAGGGUGAAGAAGGUGCAGGUGGACCGGCCUCCACAGGGCCGCAGCAGCCGCUGGGCGCAAAAGCUAGAGGCUGAGAAAAGGGUGAAGCAGAGGCGCCAAGAGGAAGUUGACCAGCAGAAGCAAGCCCACUCACAGGAGUACUGGACCCUUCACAAGGAGCCCAAGAUCUGGAACAAGAAGCUGGCUGGGUACCUGCAGCCGAGCAAGAAGGGAACACCCACGAACUCAGAGGAAAAGCAGCUGGCCCAGGCCCUUCAGGCUGCUCUGGGGAGGCUCAGCUCCCGUGAGGCAGAGGCCCUGGCCAGGAAGAAAGCCAAGGCGGUGGAGGCGCAGAUCCUGGUCCUCCAGGAGAAGUUCCUGGCUUUCUUUGAGUGCUGUGUCUGCACCGGCCAAGUGCCCCUCGCUCACCACGUGCUGGUCACUCACCAUAACAACGGAGACAGACAGCAUGUGCUCACACUGCACAUGUAUAACACCGUGAUGCUUGGCUGGGCCCGCAAGGGCUCCUUCAGAGAGCUGGUCUAUGUGUUCCUCAUGCUGAAGGAUGCUGGCCUCUCCCCAGACCUGUGCUCCUAUGCAGCUGCACUCCAGUGCAUGGGACGCAGGGACCAGGAUGUUCGCACCAUCCAGAGGUGUCUGAAGCAGAUGAAGGAAGAAGGCUUCCAGCCCCAGCUGCUCUUCACUGACCUGGUCCUGGAAGAGGAGGACCGGGCCGCGCUCCUGAGAGCAGUGGUCAAGGCUGAGCCUGCCUUUCGUCCACUGCCACAGGCCCCAAACCCAGUUAACACAUCCACACUGCUCAAGGACAUCUAUAGCAAGGAGGGCCCUGUGUCCUACCCAAAGCUGCACCUGCCCCUGGACACCCUGCAGGACCUCUUCUACCAGCAGCUGCAUGUGGAGCUGAGCUCCAGUGUCUGCGUCCAGUCGGUGGAGAAGGCCCCAGUAAUGUCCAAGGAGGUCGUUGAGGCGCGGAAGACCCUGCAGGCCCUGCGGGAGCAAUGGGAAGUGGAGCUGUUGCGCGUGUUGCGGGAGACAAAGGCCACUAUGGGCCGCCAGGCCUAUGAAGGCCAACCCACCCUCUACCCGUUCCUGUGCCUGCUGAGUGAAGGGGAGUUUGUGAGCAUACUGAUGCAGGUUCUGAAGGUCCUGCCUGCGCAGGGUGAGCCCCUUAUCCAGUUGGCCCAUAACCUGGGCCUUCGGGUGUUAAACCGGCAUUUGGUGAAGCAGAAGCAGGUCACUAACCAUGUGCAGAAGCUGGGGCAGCGGUACUCGCAGUACCUCCAGCUGCUGGCGUCUGACACCCAGGUGGCGCCCUGCCUUCCUCGGGAGUACUGGGAAUCUCUGGGCCCACUGGAGGCCCCUGUACAACAGCCCUGGUCUGUGCCGGUGCUGCUACAGCUGGGCAAGCAGUUGGCGGAGCUACUGGUGCAGGCAGUGCAGAUGCCGCGCAGCCUAGCAGCCCGGCAGGGUACUCAGCGCUCCAUCCCGGUGCUUUACCAUGUGUAUUCCUUCCGAAGCUACCGCCAGGUGGGCAUCCUCAAGCCUCACCCUGCCUUCACACACCUGCUAGAGACAGCAGCCGAGCCCACACUGACCUUCGAGACCACGGAAGUGCCCAUGCUGUGCCCACCACUGCCCUGGACGUCGCUGCAUUCUGGUGCCUACUUGCUGAGCUCCACCAAACUAAUGCGUGCCACGGAGGGUACCACACAGCACCAGCGUCUGCUGGAGCAAUGCCCUCCUGCCCAGCUGCACGGUGCCCUGGAUGCGCUCACACAGCUGGGGAACUGCGCCUGGCGUGUAAACGGGCACCUGCUGGACUUGGUGCUGCAGAUCUUUAGAGACAAGGGCUGUAUGCCCUUGGGCGUGCCUCCCCCGAGCUCUGAAGCACCGCGGCCGGCCCGGUAUCAGCUGCCACCCGGCUCCACACCAGUGCACAAGUCUGAGCUGCGGAAGGAGUUGGCACGUUGCCUCAAGGUGGCUCGAGAGAUGCAUAGUCUGCGCAGCGAGGCCCUGUAUCGCCUGUCGCUGGCACAGCACCUACGCCACCAUGUCUUCUGGUUGCCGCACAACAUGGACUUCCGUGGCCGCACUUACCCCUGCCCGCCACACUUCAACCACCUGGGCAGUGACCUAGCGCGUGCACUCUUGGAGUUUGCUGAGGGCCGGCCACUGGGGCCACGUGGCCUGGACUGGCUUAAGAUCCACCUGAUCAACCUGACUGGCCUCAAGAAGGGAGACUCACUGCGCAUGCGCCUAGCCUUCGCAGACGAGGUCAUGGAGGAGAUCUUGGACUCUGCAGACAACCCCUUGACGGGCCGGAAGUGGUGGAUGGAAGCUGAUGAGCCCUGGCAGACCCUGGCCUGCUGCAUGGAGGUGGCACAAGCAGUCCGGUCCCCAGACCCCGCUGCCUACAUUUCCCACCUGCCAGUUCACCAGGAUGGUUCCUGCAAUGGCUUACAGCAUUAUGCCGCACUGGGCCGAGACAGUGUAGGUGCCGCCUCAGUCAACCUAACGCCGUCCGACCUGCCCCAAGAUGUGUACAGGGAGGUGGCAACACAGGUGGAGGAGUUUCGCCAGCAGGACGCCAAGGAGGGUCUACGGGUGGCUCAGGUGCUGGAGGGCUUCAUCAGCCGCAAGGUGGUGAAGCAGACAGUGAUGACGGUGGUGUAUGGGGUCACACGCUAUGGAGGGCGCCUACAGAUAGAGAAGCGCCUGCGCGAACUCAGCGACUUCCCUCAGGAGUUUGUCUGGGAAGCCUCACACUACCUCGUGCGCCAGGUCUUCAAAAGUCUACAGGAGAUGUUCACCAGCACGCGGGCCAUUCAGCACUGGCUGACUGAGAAUGCCAACCUCAUCUCUCACGCCGGCUGGCCUGUGGAGUGGGUCACGCCCCUGGGCAUCCCCAUCAUACAGCCCUAUCACCGCGAGUCCAGGGUCCAGGUAAAAGGUGGCAUCCAGAGCAUCACCCUCACCAGCUCGGUAGAUGAGAACCAGAAGCCCAACACUCUGAAGCAGAAAAAUGGCUUCCCGCCCAACUUCAUCCACUCCCUGGACUCCUCCCACAUGAUGCUGACCGCCCUACACUGCUACAGGAAGGGCCUGACUUUCGUCUCCGUGCACGACUGCUUCUGGACACAUGCCAUUGACAUCCCCACAAUGAACGAGGUAUGCCGCGAACAGUUCGUGCGCCUGCACAGCCAGCCCAUCCUGGAAGACCUGGCCAAGUUCCUGAAGAAGCGUUUCUGCUCCGUCUCCAGCACCAAGUCCCUAAAGCCCUCGGAGCGCGCCCUGGUCACCAAGCUGCAGGAGACACUACAGUCCUUGCCAAAGACAGGUACCUUCGAUCUGGGACAGGUGAUAAGAUCCACCUACUUUUUCAGCUGACCCACACCAUGCUGUCCCUAAACCUGUGCAUAAUGUAAAUAAAUGAAAGUCUGUGUCUACCUAUGCCAGCCGCCACUUACUGGCGAUGCGCAAAUCCACCAAAGUAA